AUGUUUCCUUCAAAUCCAACAAGCCUGGGAAGCAGUGCACUCUUGAAUCCUGCAUUUUCUCUCAAAAUGAUGGUGUGGGCACUUGUGUUCCUCUCUCUCAUCCAGUGUUCUAUCCAAAAGGGAGAUGAUGAUUAUGAAGAUUAUACAACUAAUAAAACUUGGGUUUUGACUCCCAAAGUCCAUGAGAGUGACGUCACUCUUAUUUUAAAUGGUUUGCUUGAGGGAUAUGACAACAAGCUGCGGCCUGAUAUAGGAGUGAAGCCAACAGUAAUUCACACUGACAUGUAUGUAAACAGCAUUGGUCCAGUGAAUGCUAUCAAUAUGGAGUAUACAAUCGAUAUAUUUUUUGCCCAAACCUGGUAUGACAGACGUCUGAAAUUCAACAGUACUAUAAAAGUGCUUCGGUUGAAUAGCAACAUGGUGGGAAAGAUAUGGAUACCAGAUACAUUUUUCCGAAACUCCAAGAAGGCUGAUGCUCAUUGGAUAACAACUCCCAAUAGGAUGCUCAGGAUCUGGAACGAUGGCAGGGUGCUAUAUACACUAAGAUUGACAAUAGAUGCUGAGUGUCAGUUACAGUUACACAAUUUCCCAAUGGAUGAACAUUCCUGCCCACUGGAAUUUUCAAGCUAUGGCUACCCAAGAGAAGAGAUUAUUUACCAGUGGAAGCGCAGUUCAGUGGAAGUUGGAGACACCAGAUCUUGGAGGCUCUACCAAUUUUCAUUUGUUGGACUUAGAAACACUACAGAAGUGGUGAAGACAACGUCGGGAGACUAUGUAGUCAUGUCUGUUUACUUUGACCUGAGCAGAAGAAUGGGCUAUUUCACCAUUCAGACAUAUAUCCCCUGUACACUCAUUGUUGUACUGUCUUGGGUUUCUUUCUGGAUUAAUAAAGAUGCGGUUCCAGCAAGAACAUCACUGGGUAUUACAACUGUCCUGACAAUGACCACCCUCAGUACUAUUGCUCGUAAAUCUCUUCCCAAGGUCUCUUACGUGACAGCAAUGGAUCUUUUUGUGUCAGUGUGCUUUAUUUUUGUUUUUUCUGCACUGGUGGAAUAUGGGACCUUGCACUACUUUGUCAGCAACAGAAAACCAAGCAAGGAUAAAGAUAAAAAGAAGAAAAACCCACUUCUUCGGAUGUUUUCCUUCAAGGCACCUACAAUUGAUAUCCGACCAAGAUCAGCAACUAUUCAAAUGAACAAUGCUACACACCUCCAAGAAAGGGAUGAAGAGUAUGGGUAUGAGUGUCUUGAUGGCAAGGACUGUGCCAGUUUCUUCUGCUGUUUUGAGGAUUGCCGAACAGGGGCAUGGCGACACGGAAGAAUACAUAUCCGCAUUGCCAAAAUGGACUCUUAUGCCCGUAUAUUCUUUCCAACUGCCUUCUGCUUGUUUAACCUGGUGUACUGGGUAUCCUACCUUUACCUUUAA